CCAGUCACCACAAAAUAUGUCACAACAAGGUAUGCCACAGCAAUACCUGUCGCAAGCCAUUCCACAGAAAGGCAUGUUUCAUCAAGGCAUUUUACAACAAGGUAUGUCGCAGCAAGGCCAGUCAACACAAAGUAUGUCACCACAAGGUAUGUCACAGCAAGGCCACAAACGGCAUAGUUUUGGAGCUACCCUUGAUGACAUCUCUCAAGGUCAAAUUCAUUCAAACCUAGGCUCACCUGGGUCUAAUGUUAUAUCAAGUGGUGACGAUGUAAGACUCAGUCAGUACGGAGCUUAUAGUGGAGCACGCCCAAUUGAUGACUCCACUGGUGACCCUAUACAACAAUCCACUGAAUUAACUCCAAAGGUAUCAGAUUUAUUGAUGACUGGAUUAUCAAAAGUACAAACAGAAGCCACAGAUCAGCUGAAUUUAUAUAGCAAGAUGCCUCAACCAUCCACACAUUUAUCUUCCCUUUCCCCAGAAACCUCUCAAUAUCAACCAUCCUCACAUUUAACUUCCCAUUUCCCAGAAUCCUCCAAGAACAGGGAUGCAAUGUCACUGCCACCUAUUGGUGAAGCAAGAGAUGAUGUACAUAUUGCUCUGUAUAGUGGCCACACUGAUACUACAUAUAUGUCACUUCCCCCAACUAGAACACAAUAUCACACUGGUUAUAUGGGGCAACCACAGGUUCUACCCCAAGCUGCAGAGUGUGACACCCCUCAAAGAUUAGGAGGAGUAGGGAGAGAUAAUAUGGAUGGUAGGACCACAGAUCAAUCUAUUUUAAAAGGACACAGUAUAUCACAAUACCCCAAUAUUGACAGCUCAUUUGUAAGUUCCUACUCAGGAAGUCUCAGUCAGUAUCCAGUAACGGAAAUUUCCACUGAUGUGGAAAAUACCAUGAGACAGACAACUCAAGGUCGUUAUCAGCCAAGGGAAUUUUCCACUGAUAGACACCAGAGGACAAUGCUCUCUGAGCUUUCCACCAUCACUGGAGCUAGACUGAGUGACAUAAAUGUCACAAAUGAUGAGUUUCAACCCCUACAAACACGAUCCAAAUCAAGUACUCCAAGUAAACAACCAGGCUCUGACCACUUCGCUCCACUGCCAGAGGUCUCCUCAAAUAGCACCCCAUCUAGUAAAAACACAAGUGACAUAGAACAAUUUAGAAUAGAAUCUCAGAGUAAUAUAUCACUGGCAUUCUCAGAGUCUACCAUACACUCAGAUGACAGCCAAUCAGAUGCUGGCUCCUUGCAUAAUUAUAGAGGUGAAUGUAAAUCAAGCACUCCAUUGGCUGAUAAAUCAAAAUGGCUGCCACUUGAGCCUGAUACUCAGAUGACAUGUGACACUCAUGUGACAAGUGAUACUAGCAGGUGGACAACUCUAGGUGGUAGCUCAUUGGAGGUGACGAGGGAGGCUACUGGUAUAUCAGAAGAGCCGGAUCUGACUUUUGUAACUGUCACAUCUAUAGAUGACCAUCUCUCAGUCAUGGAGGAUUAUGAUGAGGAGGCAGACACCACUAUCACAGAUCAACCUAACACCCCUGUCAUGGGACAAUCUAAAACCCCUGUCAUGGAUCAACCCAACA